AUGGAUUAUACGCUGGAGCCCAAUGUGACGACGGUAACGGACUACUACUAUCCUGAUACCAUGUCAAGCCCCUGCGAUGGGGAACUUAUCCAAAGAGACAGCAAGUUGCUUCUUGCUGUCUUUUACUGUGUCUUGUUUGUAUUUGGUCUUCUGGGAAACAUCCUGGUCAUCCUUGUCCUUGUAGCCUGCAAGAAGCUGAGGAGCAUCACCGACGUAUACCUCUUGAACCUGGUCCUGUCUGACUUGCUUUUUGUCUUCUCCUUCCCCUUCCAGACCCACUAUCAGCUGGACCAGUGGGUGUUUGGGACUGUAAUGUGCAAGGUGGUCUCUGGUUUUUAUUACAUUGGCUUCUUCAGCAGCAUGUUUUUUAUCACCCUCAUGAGUGUGGACAGGUACCUGGCAAUCGUCCAUGCGGUCUAUGCCAUGAAAGUGAGGACAGCCAGGAUGGGCACAGCCCUGAGUCUGGCUGUGUGGCUGAUUGCUAUCAUGGCCACCAGCCCAUUACUGGUGGUGUACCAAGUGGCCUCUGAAGAUGGCAUUCUACAGUGUUAUUCAUCUUACAAUCAACAGACUCUGAAGUGGAAGAUCUUCAUCCACUUUGAAAUGAAUAUCUUAGGUCUGUUGAUCCCAUUCACCAUCCUUAUGUUCUGCUACAUUAGCAUUCUGCACCAGCUGAAGAGCUGCCAAAAUCACAACAAGACCAAGGCCAUCAAAUUGGUGCUCAUUGUGGUGAUCACAUCUUUACUCUUCUGGGUCCCGUUCAAUGUGGUCCUCUUCCUCACUUCUCUGCUCAACAUGAACAUUUUGGAUGGAUGUGUCCUGAGCCAGCGACUGAUUUAUGCCACUCAUGUCACAGAAACCAUUUCCUUCACUCACUGCUGUGUGAACCCUGUGAUCUAUGCUUUCAUGGGUGAGAAAUUCAAGAAACACCUCUCAGAAAUAUUCCAGAAGAUUUCCAAUUAUGGCCUCCUCUUUGUAGGAAGACAAAUACCUAGGGAGGGCUGGGAAAGACCUCCCUCCUCCUGUCAGCACCCCUCCCGCUCCUCCAGCACAGACUACAUUUUGUGA